AUCAAUCAAGUAUUUGUAGGCAACCCUCAUUAUUCAUUGUUACUGCUGGUAACAUAUUGUAUUCCUUAGAAAACAUUCUCCACUUUUUUGUUCUCCUCCAUGGAAGCCAAUUGCAACAUGAUAAACAUGGACGACACAUGCGAACUUGUUGCCAACAAUAAUGUUGGUUUUCCAACUGAUGCAGCUAAUAACGGUAUCCAUAAACCUUCUUUGUUGGGUGCCAAUAAGACCACCCUUGGCCACCACGUUGCACGGCGUCUAGUUGAAAUCGGUAUCAAAGACGUAUUCACCGUCCCUGGAGAUUUCAACCUUAUCCUUCUUGAUUACUUAGUAGCGGAACCUGAGCUUAACCUCAUAGGUUGCUGCAAUGAGUUGAAUGCUGGUUAUGCUGCUGAUGGGUAUGCUAGAUAUAAAGGUGUUGGUGCUUGUGUUGUUACCUACAAUGUUGGUGGCCUUAGCAUUCUCAACGCCAUUGCGGGUGCUUACUGUGAGGAUCUUCCUAUCAUUUGCAUUGUUGGGGGACCCAAUUCAAAUGAUUAUGGCAGCAACAAGAUUCUCCACCACUCCAUUGGCUUACCCGAUUAUACCCAAGAACUUUGUUGCUUUCAGCCUGUAACUUGUCACCAGGUUGUGGUUAACAACUUAGAUGAUGCACACGAACGGAUUGACACGGCCAUUGCAACUGCUUUGAGAGAAAGCAAGCCUGUCUAUAUCAGCAUAGCCUGUAACUUGUCUGCCAUCCCUCACCAUUCCUUCAUUGAUCAGCCUCUCCCAUUUUAUUUGACUCCCAAGUUAACUAGUGAAAGGUGUUUGGAAAUUGCGGUGGAAAUAACAUCAGAGUUUUUAAAUAAGGCAGUGAAACCAGUGAUGGUGGGUGGGCCAAGGUUGCGAAUGGCAAAGGCUAGUGAUGCUUUCAUGGAGAUGGUAGAUGCUUCAGGUUAUGCCUUUGCAAUGUUACCUACAGCAAAAGGGAUGGUGGAAGAAAGCCACCCCAACUUCCUUGGCACUUACUGGGGACCAGCAAGCACUCCCUUUUGUGCAGAAAUUGUGGAGUCUGCUGAUGCCUACCUCUUUGCCGGUCCAAUAUUUAACGAUAUUGUCUCUUUCGGGUUCACACUACCCAUUAAAAAGGACAAGGCAAUUAUGGUGCUGCCUAAUCGAGUAAUGAUUGGAAAUGGACCCAACAUUGGGUGUGUUUCAAUGAAGAGCUUCUUUGAAGCACUUGCAAAACGCCUUAAACGCAACACAACUGCUUUUGACAACUACCAAAGGAUACACGUCCCUGAUGGGCUUCCCAUUCACCCUAAUCCAAAUGAGGCGUUAAGGGUCAAUGUUUUAUUCAGACACAUACAGAACAUGUUGUCCAGUCACACCACUGUGAUUGCUGAAACUGGAGACACUUGGUUUACUUGCCAGAAGCUCAAAUUGCCACAAGGCUGCGGGUAUGAAUUUCAAAUGCAGUAUGGAUCAAUAGGUUGGUCGGUUGGUGCAACUCUUGGUUAUGCACAGGCUGCUCCCCAUAAGAGAGUGAUUGCUUGUAUUGGCGAUGGUAGCUUCCAGAUGACAGUACAGGAAGUGUCAACAAUGUUACGGUGUGAGCAGAAUGGCAUCAUCUUUCUAAUUAACAAUGGUGGAUACACUACAGAGGUAGAAAUUCAUGAUGGACCUUACAAUGUCAUAAAAAAUUGGGACUAUGCUGGACUUGUGGAAAGAAUAGAUAAUGGUGAAGGCAAAUGCUGGACUGCCAAGGUGCAUUGUGAGGAGGAGUUAACCGAGGCAAUAGAGACAGCAAUGGAAAGCAAAAAGAAUAGCCUAUGCUUCAUUGAAGUGAUUGUACACAAAGAUGAUACAAGCAAGGAAUUGCUUCAGUUGGGAUGCAUAUUUGCGGCUUUUAAUAGCCGUCCACCAAAGGAUCACUAAGGUUGCAAAUGUAUUGUAUGAGCGUUAUUCAUACAUAUAUACUAGUUCUCAGAUGUUAUAUUAUCAUUUUUUUUAUUUCAAUAAGUGGGAGUUAUAAUAUGUUGUCAGUCACAGUCCCAGACUCAAUAGAGACAAAAAUAAUAACAAUAAAGUAAAAAGAAUAUAUCGCACAAGGUUUAAUUUAUUGAACCUGUGAUGUAGGUGUUAUAUCAAUAUAUUCAAUAGCUAGUAUCAAGUUAAUGCAAUUGUGAUUCAAUACCUGAGAGGGGGGAGUAAUUUCUUGUGUUGAUUAUAUCGUUCCUUUUAUAGACCCAAUAAAAAUUGUCUGCCUACUCAGAGCAUUUCCA